AUGGUGGGAGGCACACAGGAGGAGGAGGAGGAGGAGGGGGAGGAGGAGGAGGAGGAGGAGGAGGAGGAGGAGGAGGAGGAGGAGGAGGAGGAGGAGGAGGAGGAGGAGGAGGAGGAGGAGGAGGAGGGAGGAAAUGAGGGGAGGAGUGAAACACGAGGAACAGCGCCUCAAGAGCAGAGAGGGCAGAAGAGGGGAUUCGGAGAUGAGGGUGAGGUGAAGGGAGAGGCAGGGGCGUGCAGGAAGAGAGCAGGCGAUGGGAAAAGUGGAAGCAAGAAGGUGCGGCAGGGUGAAGCAACGGAUGCUGGGAUGAGGGAGAAACGGGGACAGCAUCGGCUAUCAGGAGCAUUUGGUGCUGAUUUGGCAGCAGCGACAGCAGCACAACCAUCAUUGGCAGCACAUGGCCUUCGCAUGCAUGCGCCAACAGCAUCUGAGCUGGCAUCUGCAGUCCACGUGGCACCUGCGCUGUCACCAGGAGUGAGGGAGGGGGCAGGGGCGAGGGGAGAAGCAGGAAGGGGCACACGACCAAUGCAGGUGCUACCAGCUUAUGAGCCCAGGGCGAUACGCUGUCCCCGCGCUUCUCUGCUUGCACGCUCACUGGCGGAGGAGAGUCUUUCCUCUUCCAUACUGACAGGGGCACCCCAAAGCUGCAGAGCUGCUGCUGUGGGGCCUGUGCUGGCAGAUGAUGGGAAUGUGGCCGGUCGGGCAGAUUCGGCUUGCCUGGAUGGUUUGACAAGUCAUUUUCUGGCUGGUCAGGAGAGUGCUACUGGGAACAUUUCUGGUCAAGAAAGUGUUUUUGAGAGGAUGUUGAGGCUUGUGGGUGGUGGAUUCGAGGGAUUUGGGCCAUAUGGAGGGCGGGUGCGAGGCAGAGGCAGUGGUAUGAUUGGGGAUGAUAGUGGCAUGCUGAAACAGCAGGAGACGGAGUUUCGGCAAGGACCAGAGCAGGGGGAGCAAGGCCAGGACUUGAAGCAGCAGCGGGGUGACGGUCUGCAGGAGCAGAAGCAGGAGAAGCAGGAGCAGCAAGGGCAGCAGGAGCAGCUGCAGCAGCGAGUGCAGCUGGGGGAGCAAUAUUCGGAUUUGGUGCAUCUGCAGGUGGUGCUGCAGCAGCCAGGAGCAUUGGAAGCUACAAGAAGCUUGUUUCUUUGCUGCUCUCCUGCGAUCCCUGUUGCUGAACUUAUUGAGAGGGCCAUCAAUGAGCCAUUAUAG